AUGAAUCUCGAGCCAUUCGUUCAAGCUGCAAUUCAAGCAAAACCAUCAGUAAACUUCUCAAAAACCUCGCGUAGGAGACGCAAAAAACGAUUGCACUCCGUGCCAGGUUUGUCUCCUACAAUUCCUCCAGCUCCAGUCAUUCCAACUUCAUCAAAACCACGAUCCAAACGCAAGUCCAAGCUCAAAAGCUCAAGUCUGCAAUGUCAAGUGGUUCCGAAAUGCAAAUUUCGAGUUCAAGACCUCGUGACAGUUGAUGAGUGGAACGAUGAACAAGAAGUUGAGGACAUUCAGAGCAAACUUCGAGCCGAGUUUUCACGAUUUGGACAAUUGCAAAGUAUUGCAAUGAUUCGAGAAGAGGACGAUCGAAAUGGGUUUGCAAUUGGGGACGUGGUUGUUACGUUUUGUCAUGCAAAUGAUGCUGCAUCAGCCUUUAGUUCAUACAAUGGAGUUUUGAUUGGUGAGAAGAAGGUGAUGUGUCAAUGGAAGAUGCAGAGUGACGACGAGAAGCGAGAAAACAUGACUGUGAGAAUAUGCGGGAUCCUGAUGUUGGAAGAGUUACAAGACCCUGAUGAACUAGUUGAGGUGAACGAGGAAAUGAUGCAAUUGUUUUGCAAGUACGGACAAGUAGAAACGAUGUUUAUCAGUGAGACGACAGGGGAUAUCACAGUGACUUUCGUUGAUGAACAAGUCGCUAAGAAAGCCAUGCACCUGAUGAAUGGAUCACGAUAUGGUGGUCGUCUAUUGACAGCAAGUCUUGUGCUCCAGAAGAAGGAGGAAGCUGAAAACAUCCAAUGUGUGAAUGAUCCACCGCAUGUCGUUGAAACGAACUGCGUUGCAGCUCCUAUCACUCAGUCGACAGAAUCGCUGGAGUUGCAAAAUCUUGUUGGUGGUUUCUUGAAGCGGCUUGCUGCUCUUCAGGAUCGCGCGCACACGCAGAACCCACGACAUGACAAACGGUCACGGCGUUUAGUACUCGGAUUGCACGAAGUACGACGAGGUCUUCUCCGCCGCAAACUAGUUUUGCUUGUCAUGGCAACAGACCUAGAUGGAUGCAAAGCUGUAAAAGAACAAUGUGCGGAGCUAGUAUCAGUAGCAACGGAGCAGGAGGUGCCCAUACUCACGCCAAUGAAUAGGCGAAAGCUAGGGCGGAGUCUACAAAAGAGCGUGCGCGUGAGUUGCGUUGGAGUGUAUUCAAUCGAAGGUGCCAACGAUCUCUUUCAGCAGAUAUUGCAAAAGGUAUCGCAGUAA